AAAUUACUUAAGUGUUGACAUAUUAUUUGAAUAAUAUUCAAUAAAGUGAUGGGACGGUGCUUGUAGUUAUGUUUCUCGAAUCGUGAGGUUAACGCGUCGGCUGCGAAAACGGUGAACAUGGAAAGUGACAAAGAAGAAUCUCCUAAAGAACAACCAACGCCGUAUUAUUACGAGGUUAAUGACGUCGAUACUUAUUUUUCGAACGACAAAAUUAUUAUUCCCGAUAAUAGUACCAGUAAUUUUAGUUUCAAGAAACUAUGGGCAUUCACAGGUCCCGGAUUUUUGAUGUCAAUAGCUUACUUAGAUCCCGGUAAUAUUGAAAGUGAUCUCCAAUCUGGAACAAUAGGCAAUUAUAGAUUAUUAUGGGUACUGUUCGGUGCGACAGUUUUAGGAUUUUUGAUGCAAACUUUGGCAACGAAAUUAGGUGUUGUCACAGGUCUGCAUCUAUCCGAAAUGUGCUACAGACAAUAUAAAAAGUUUCCUCGCUUAAUUUUAUGGAUAAUGGUGGAAAUUGCAGUUAUUGGAUCAGAUAUGCAAGAAGUUAUAGGAACUGCUAUCGCUCUCUAUUUGUUAACAAACAAAUUCAUUCCCUUGUGGGUCGGUUGUCUGAUAACAAUUUUCGAUACAUUUACAUUUUUAUUUCUUGACAAAUACGGCUUACGAAAAUUGGAGCUUCUGUUUGGAAUUCUAAUAGCUAUAAUGGGAAUCAGCUUCGGUUACGAAUAUAUAGUUGCGUCGCCGUCUUCCACGGAAGUAGUUAAAGGUCUCUUCAUUCCGAGAUGUCAAGAUUGCGAUUCGGCCGUUCUACUUCAAGCAGUUGGUGUUAUUGGUGCGGUCAUUAUGCCUCACAACUUGUAUCUGCAUUCAGCUUUGGUGAAAAGUAGGGAAAUAGAUAGAACGAAACCAGACAAAGUCAGAGAAGCCAAUAUGUAUUAUUACAUAGAAAGCGCCGUUGCUCUUCUAUGUAGUUUGAUUAUUAAUAUUUUUGUGGUUUCCGUUUUUGCUUUUGGAUUAUUCGAAAAAAGGAACGACGACUUGAUUCAACAAUGUAGAACAACCAAUAAUUCUUAUUUAAUCGAUAUGGCGAUUGAAGAAUUUGGGGAAAAUUCCGAUUACGUAGAUGCCGAUAUUUACAAAGGUGGAAUAUUUCUUGGUUGCGCUUUUGGUACCGCGGCUAUGUAUAUUUGGGCCGUUGGUAUCCUCGCAGCAGGUCAAAGCUCAACUAUGACAGGUACAUACGCCGGUCAAUUCGCAAUGGAGGGAUUUUUGAAUCUCAAAUGGCCCAAAUGGAAGAGAGUUCUUCUCACUAGAUCGAUAGCUAUGGUUCCAACUUUUUGUACGGCAUUCUUUACCAAUAUGUCGGAUCUGACCAGUCUAAAUGAUUACCUCAACGCCGUCAUGAGUUUACAGUUACCUUUCGCUUUGAUACCGACCAUUGCGUUUACAAGUAACAAGAAACUUAUGGGAGAAUUCGUUAAUGGAGCAAUCUUGAACAUCCUAUCAAUCUUCCUGGCUAUAAUAGUGAUAUCAAUAAACAUAUUUUUUGUCACGGAUAAGCUUCAAGAACUCGAUCUACCCUUGUAUGGUACAACAUUGAUAUGUUUACUCGCCGUUGGAUAUUUCAUUUUGAUAAUAUACAUAUCGCUGCAUCUGUUUGUCGGAAUGUCGGGGAUAAAUAUCAGCGAAAAAAAUACUUUAAUAGAGAAAUAUAUUAUGGUACCUAUACGACCUGGAGCUACUACAAUAACGUAAUUUAUUAUUAAUGUAAUUAUUUUUAUUAAUAUAUGUAAAUAAGAUUUAUUAUUAA